AUGAUUAUAUUUUUAAAAAUAUUAUUUUUAUAUAUAUUAUAUUUGAAUAUUUCCAUAUUAGUUUAUUAUAAUUCAUCCUUGCUAGCUAAUGGUUCAGUUAAUCUUGUCCAAUUCAAACCAAUAGAUAAUUCAAAUAUCGCUCAAGAUGAAAAUUUAUCUGAAUAUUGUACUGAAUGUACUAUAAGAUGUAAUAAAAGGAAAAAGAGUAAAAAAAGAUCAUGUUGGCGAAAAGUACUUCGAUUUUUUAGAAGAAAAAGUAGAUCUUAUAAAGAAUAUAUAAAUCCUAAACAGGUUAAAGUAGAACAAAGAGUUACAACUCCAAUGAAUAUAAAAGGUGGUAUAAAAGUUAUACCUGAAGGGUUGACAAGUUCAGCACUUUAUUUAAAAAUGCAAGAAAAGGGUUUGAAUAAUGAAAAUAAUAAUCCUAUUAAUCAAAAAAAAGUUUCAUAUGCAUCAAUAGAAUGA